GUGCGUUUCAUGUCUUGUCCACACGGGGGCGUAGUUUCAGACCAAUGACAGCCCACCUCCAUCACCCGGAAACACAAUCACGGUCUGUGUCAUUUGGCAUCGCGCUUCCAACAUGGCGGUGAAUCUCACAGAUCUCUCCCUGCCUCAAUUAGAGGGACUGAAAACCCAAUUAGAUCAGGAGAUUGAGUUCUUGACGUCUUCAAUAGGUCAGCUCAAAGUUGUCCAGACGAAAUAUGUUGAAGCAAAAGAUAGUAUGAACGUCCUGAACAAAAACAACAAGGGAAAAGAAUUGCUUGUGCCACUUACCAGCUCGAUGUACGUCCCUGGAAUAUUAAAUGACGUGGAUCAUGUUUUAGUGGAUGUGGGGACAGGAUACUAUGUUGAAAAGAAUGUGGAAGAAACAAAGGCGUUCUUCAAACGCAAAAUAGACUUCCUUACAAAGCAGAUAGAGAAAAUUCAGCCAGCCCUUCAGGAAAAACAUGCCAUGAAACAAGCUGUGAUUGAAGUAAUGAAUGUGAAGAUCCAGCAACUGCAACAAAGCCAGCAGGCGUCACAGAUGGUUGGGCCCACCAAGGCGUAAUGAGAGAACCUGUUUAAACUCUUCAUGAUUUGGGGAAAGCGGGAUUUUUAAGUUUGUGUGCAAAUAACUCACAUCUGUAGGACAAGAAAAUGACCUCCACUAAUCUAAUGAAGUCUUGUUAAAUAC